AUGGCCCCUGCCGAGGGUUCGCCUCUGUCCCUGCGACCCUUUCCAGUCGCCGACAAGGCGCCAAAGAACCUUGCCGAGUUUAUUGCCCGAGUCAACGCACAGCCGGGCGGUUUCCGCGCCGUCACCGAGGACAAGCUGCGGGAUGAGAUCAAAUCCAGAGACAGCAUCAACGGUGCCGAGUCGGACCAAGAAGACGUAGACUUGUCUCAUGCUGGCGUCGACGACGACCAGGCCAAGGAUCCCAUCGCAGCGCGCAUGGAAGUUUUGAAACAUAUCGAAGUUGCCAGUAAUACAGCCAACCUCACGCUGGAUUCCUUGUCAUUACUCCUUUCCAAGCAACGCCCAACGCAAGCCGGCUUGACGCUUUCUCAGCAACUACGAGACAUGGUCGGCAUCGGCACUCUCGGCGCAGAUAAGCUAGACGAGCCGAUCGUGAACCCUUCGAGGGCAAAAGAUGGCGAGGAAGUUGCCCUUGGCUGGACGCUCAUGCAGAUCAACCAGGCAAGAGAUGCCGCCAAAGAAGCCGGAGGAUUUCUGCAACGAGAGGUCGAAGCCGAGAGCAAGUACUGGCGCGACGUGGUGGCCGUAAAAAAUUCCGGCUGGUUCAUUUGCCGUGCACCGCAGUCGCGGCACCUGCUAGGUGUAAAGUUUGGCUUCUCCGAGGCUACCGCCGAGUUCAAAAACAAUAGUCUGGCGCCCAUGAAGCGAGGUGAGGAUGGCUCAGUCGAGCUCGACCUCGGUCGGCUAGGCGGUGUGUCUGAAGGACUGGUCGUGACGUACGAGAAGGACGGAAAGCUCGUCGGCCGGUCUGUUCCUCGGCGAAGGGCAAACGACGAUGCGUCCUUGGGGUCUCGGGUCCUCGAAGCGCGAAACACCAUCUUUUCCCAGGAACUCUGGCAUGAGCUGACGCGCGAAGCCCGCACAUUGGCCGCGUACGACGUCAAACCGCAAGGUUCCAAGCUGACCUGCAUGGUGGAUGAAUCGUCCAAGAUUAUCCUGGAGCUGCUGCCGCUUGAAGCCUGCCCUGCCAGCGAUGACUCGCUGCCCGAAAGCAACGUGGCAGAGACCAUCUCCAUCUCGCUGCAUGUCCUCUUAAGCUACGCCCACCAAUGCAAUGAGCUCAUGCGGAUUCGCCCCAUACCACCGCACAUUUCCCGAACGCGCGGCCAGCAAGUGCCGGCGUUGCUCAGGCCCGUCAUUGCGCGUAUGGCGUCGAUGCGCAGUGUCCGAGCAUGCACCAAGUACGUCGGCGAUAUAGCGGCGUGUCUCCAAAGCGCAGGGCUACCCUCAUCGUUCACCCUCAAGACCGCCCAGUACUCGGUCGUUGAAGCGGCAACGCAGGGGCCGAACCAACCAGCCGGCGCGCAUUCCCUGGUCCGCAGCAUGCUGCAGCCGAUAGAGUACAACAUCGACCUGGUGAUUCUGCCCGAAGCAGCACUCACCAUCCGCGGGCGAACGCUUCUCUUCCCCGUCACCACGACCUUUUACCAUGUCGCGCUUCCGACAUCCUCUGCCCUGCACAGCGCGUGUGCCCCAUACGCGGACGGGUACACCGACACAAAGGGUCUAUUCGACUACCUCCGCACGGCGACCUCGCGGGCACUGGCCCUCCACUUCCUCGCAAAGCUCUCCAGUCGCGCAGAGCAGGCGCCCAACAACAACAACAACAACAACAACAACAACAACAACAACAACAACAAGUGGAUCCGAAGCGUACAGGGCUCCUUGGUCUGCGACGCCGAGGACGACACCCUCGAGCUCCUUUUUUCCGUCCGGGACAGUCCUGACAUUGCGCUCGCAGUGACACGCACCGUCGUUUCGAACGGCAACAAGUCGUCAUCCGAAUCUUGGCAGUGGUCAGCAGCUCCAGCCGGCGGCGAGUCCGCAAGCAUGCAUGACGUUGUGGAAAACGCAGCUACCCGGUCCGUGUCCUAG